CAAGGAAAACUCGGAGGUCAACAGUAAACGAGUGACUAAUUACUGUUACCAACUUACCAUAACAGCUAAAAAAAAAUCUUGAAAUGGUCACCGAACCAAAUGUAAUGUUCACUCCUACUUUCAAGUACUUCUGUGAAAAAGAAGAAAAAGUUGGCCGAGGAAACAAAUUUUCGAUGGAAGCGAAAGGAUGUUUCGCCGUUUUCUUGGCUCUCGUGUCCAUAACAGGUGCAUUUUCGACUACGUUUACCGUUAAAAACAAUUGUCCAUACACAGUAUGGCCAGGCACAUUGACCGGGGGUGGUGGAUCCCAAUUAUCUAAAACCGGGUUUGAACUUGCACCUGGGGCAUCAUCAUCUGUAGAUGCUCCAGCUGGAUGGUCAGGCCGAUUUUUUGCCAGAACUGGUUGCUCCACUGAUUCCGGAAGGCUCACCUGUGCCACAGCAGAUUGUGCUUCGGGUGCAGUUGAAUGCAAUGGUGCUGGAGCUAUUCCACCAGCAACCCUACUUGAAUUCAAACUAAACGGUGACGGUGGUAAAGAUUUUUACGAUGUUAGCCUUGUUGAUGGUUACAACUUGCCAGCCUCUAUCACUCCAAAAGGUGGUUGUAGUUCGACUGAAUGCCGAAGUAAUAUAAACUCUAUUUGCCCACCACAAUUAAGCGUUAAGGAUGGUGGUGGGAGUGUAGUUGCUUGUAAGAGUGCUUGCGAAGCAUUGCGUGAACCUCAAUAUUGUUGUACCGGUUCCUUCAAUACUCCUCAGACUUGUCCUCCAACGGAUUAUUCAAAGAUCUUUAAAGAUGCUUGUCCUCAAGCUUAUAGUUACGCAUAUGAUGAUGCAAGUAGCACAUUUACUUGUGCUGCUGGUGGUAACUACGACAUUACAUUCUGUCCCUGAAUAGAAAUCUAGGGUGAUCUGUUCUACUCUACAUGGAUGAGUGAAUAAGAGAAGACUUGUUUGUUAAAGGCAAGUCUUUUCAUCUCUAUUGUUUUCUUAUCAACCUAUGUUUUAGUUUUUCUUUGUUACGGGUCAUUAGAUCCUUGACUGCGUGUUUUUAAAUAAAUUGUAAUGGUAUUGUUGCCCAUUACAAAGUGGAUACCAUAUAUUGUUGUAAUUCGCAUUUCUUAAAUAAAAAGUUUCGGAUGUUGUUUAA